ACAGCAAGCCUGUCUGGAUAUUUUAUGAUAAACGAGCACAUUUGGCAGCGCUACGCACUUGGACUUCAUUAAACGUCAUCAGAAUGUGUGUGUGUGAGCUCAAGCGAGGAAGAACGUGAGGAUCUCGACUCCCUAAACCUCUGUCACAGAUCCCGCUGGCUCGUGUCCACGCAUGGGAUCCGCUAUUUAAACGGGACUCUGCUGACAAACCCGUUACAAUCCAGAGAGCCUCGAGGAAACGCGUGAAACGGCCUUACGCGCUCCAGGGGGAAACAUCCCGGUAACUCAGUUCCUGUGACUGUCGUAAUGGAGUUGGCGCAGAACGCCACCGCGCUUUCAUCGCAGCAGAACAACAGAAGCGCGUUGCCCGGUGGAAGUGACAACAACGCGUACCUGUACAUCAUCAUCGUGGUGUCCUUCUACGGAGUCUUCCUCAUUGGGAUCAUGCUCGGUUAUCUGCGCACCAAGCGGCGUGAGAAGCGUCGCUCGAACGCGUUCACGCGGCUUCUGCACGAGGAAGAGCAACGCGAGUGGGGCGCGAGCCAGAAGAAGAACAGUCUCAGUCUUCCCGCAUUUCCCGCGCUGCGCGCCACGCCGGUGCCGUUCAUGCUGAACCCCGACCGCUCGCCUCUGGCGUGUGCGUUGUGCUCGGUGGAGCAGAGCAGUGUGAGCUCUCUCAGCUCCGUAGCAGAUGUGCACUUCGCCAUCGAGGAGGAAUCGGACAGCGGUGGAGGACCCGAGGAUACACAGAAAACGGCGUAGGAUCAGACCACAACCCCGGGGGAAACCUCUGAGAUUCCCGCCAAAAACAUUACUAUGGCAACCAAAGUUCCCGCCAAUAAUAAUUACCACAGUUUACGUUACUACAAAUGAAACUGUUUGAAAUUGGUUCUAGCCACCAUUGUAAUACAACAAUAAAUUAAAGAACGUUUUUU